CGUUUGCUCAGUUGAAUGCAGUCAGUGGGAGUGCAUAGUAACGCCUGGUUGGAAUUGAAAAGUGGCAAUUUUUGAGGUUAAAUUUUUUUUUUUAUAGAAAAAGAAGUGAGAAGAAGCGCUAGAAGACACACACAUACAUAUGUUACCUAUGUGUGACGGUAUAUAGCUGUGUUUUCGAGGUUAUUUGUGGCGGUGCGAAGGACGCAUAUAUGCAUAUAGCUAACUAUUUAUAAGCGUCAAUGAACUGCGGCUUAAGUCUUUAGACAUAUUUAUGCCAGAAAAAAAAAUAAAAAAAUUUGAAAAAAAAGUGUGAGACAAAAAGCCUUCAAAUUAGUAUUAAAGUCAGCGAAACCGCAAGGAAAUUAAGUGAAAUAGAAACGAAUUGUGAGAAAAAAAGACUCCGCAAACACUGAGUGAUAUGAAAUUGCAGCCUGCCUAACCGUGACUGGUGAACUCUUUCGAGCAACGCUGCGUCAGCGUCGCUGUCAACGUCGUGAGUCCGCGGAAGUGAUUUACUCAACCUUAAGUGAAAUUGAAACUCAAAAAAAUACAAAAACAAAAAAACGAAUUUAAUGAAAAUAGAUGAAACGCGCUGAAUGAAAGUGAAUAAAUUGCACUUUUUUACGCCAAUUUAAUGUGCAAAUUACAAAGUGUAAUGAAAAAAUACUAAAAGCCCCAUCCAAAAAACAAAAAGAAAAGCAACAGAGAAUACCGUUAAAAGUUUGUUUUGAAUCCAAACUUCCGGUUAAUUGCCAUUAAUUGAUUUAGCAUCAAUAUCCAACCUCUGCGAGACGCAAAAAAAUGCAAAGUUUUUCACGAAAAGUGUAAAAAUUCCUUACUUUUGACAACUUAUCUUCAUUUAUUCACCUUUUUUUUGGCCCACGCCCACGCCGUUACAUUGUUGUAUUAGCGCCAAAUUACGACUUUUCGACGGCAGACAGUCGGCGGCGCGAGAAAAAAGUAUAAAUAAAAUUAAAAUAGCAAAAAGAGCACCGAAAAAAACGGGGCAAGUGAUAAAAAAGCGAGUGGAAAAAGUUGCAACAAAAAAGUGCAAAAUCAAACAAAAAUCGUAAAAGUAAAAAACAACAACAACAGCAAACUUUUAAAAUGGGUCAGGAGGAUCAGGAGGUGCUAAUAAGAGGCGGCAAGGCCACUAGCACAUCGGCCGAAAGUUUGGAUAAUAACAAUGGGCAGUCCUACGAGCAAUCCUCCAUAAAUCAGGGGUUUAGUAAAAAUUACGGUACACUCUCACCGCCGUCGCCUACGCUCACCACGGAUAAUCUCACUUACUCUUGGUAUAAUUUGGAUGUGUUCGGUGCUGUGCAUCAGCCGGGUUCGGGUUGGAAACAACUGCUGAAUCGUGUAAAAGGUGUUUUCUGUAAUGAACGUCAUAUUCCGGCGCCGCGCAAACACCUCUUGAAAAACGUUUCCGGUGUCGCUUAUCCGGGUGAAUUGCUAGCGGUUAUGGGCAGUUCUGGUGCCGGUAAAACAACACUACUGAAUGCGAUUGCUUUUCGCUCAUCGAAAGGUGUACAAAUAUCGCCGUCCACUGUACGCAUGCUGAAUGGUAAUCCAAUUGAUGCCAAAGAAAUGCAAGCACGCUGUGCUUAUGUACAACAGGACGAUCUGUUCAUUGGUUCAUUAACUGCACGAGAGCAUCUCAUCUUCCAGGCCAUGGUACGUAUGCCAAGACAUACGACGCAAAAGCAAAAGGUACAACGUGUCGAUCAGGUUAUACAAGAUCUGUCGUUGGGUAAAUGCCAGAAUACUUUGAUUGGUGUGCCGGGUCGUGUGAAAGGCUUAUCCGGUGGCGAACGCAAACGCUUGGCAUUUGCUUCGGAAGCGCUGACGGAUCCACCACUACUGAUUUGUGAUGAACCCACUUCGGGUUUAGACUCAUUUAUGGCACAUAGCGUGGUACAAGUGCUGAAGAAACUGUCGCAGAAAGGCAAAACAGUCAUAUUGACCAUACAUCAACCAUCUUCUGAGUUAUUUGAACUUUUCGAUAAGAUAUUGCUCAUGGCAGAGGGUAGAGUUGCAUUUCUUGGUACACCCGGUGAAGCUGUGGACUUUUUCUCAUACAUCGGCGCUCAAUGCCCAAACAAUUAUAAUCCAGCAGAUUUUUACGUACAAGUUCUGGCUGUAGUACCUGGCCGGGAAGCGGAGUCCCGUGAGCGCAUAGCCAAAAUUUGUGAUAAUUUUGCCGUUGGAAAGGUCUCUCGCGAGAUGGAGCAGAAUUUUCAAAGACUGGAGAAAUCCAAUGGCUUACCCAAAGAGGACGAGAAUGGUUUCACAUACAAAGCUUCAUGGUUUAUGCAGUUUCGUGCAGUACUAUGGCGCUCAUGGCUGUCUGUGUUGAAGGAACCGUUAUUAGUGAAAGUGCGCCUAUUUCAAACGACGAUGGUUGCUGUGCUCAUUGGACUGAUCUUUCUGGGACAACAAUUAACCCAAGUCGGUGUCAUGAACAUUAACGGUGCCAUUUUCUUGUUCUUAACUAAUAUGACUUUUCAAAAUGCAUUCGCCACCAUAACUGUUUUCACAUCCGAACUGCCAGUGUUCAUGCGUGAGACGCGCAGUCGUCUUUAUCGCUGUGACACAUACUUCCUUGGAAAAACCAUUGCCGAACUGCCACUCUUCUUGAUUGUUCCACUCAUAUUUACAGCUAUCGCCUAUCCAAUGAUUGGCCUACGUCCUGGCGUCGAUCAUUUCUUGACAGCACUGGCGCUUGUUACAUUAGUUGCCAAUGUGUCGACUUCAUUCGGUUAUUUGAUUUCAUGCGCCUGCUCGUCGACUUCAAUGGCGCUAUCCGUGGGUCCACCUGUUAUAAUACCAUUUCUACUUUUCGGCGGCUUCUUCUUGAACUCCGGCUCGGUGCCGGUGUACUUCAAGUGGCUGUCGUAUUUAUCAUGGUUCCGUUAUGCUAAUGAAGGACUGUUAAUCAAUCAGUGGGCCGAUGUGAAAGCGGGAGAAAUUACUUGCACUUCAUCGAAUACAACUUGCCCUAGUUCUGGCGAGGUUAUACUGGAGACGUUGAACUUUUCGGCAAGUGAUUUGCCGUUCGAUUUUGUUGGAUUGGCUUUGCUUAUUGUAGGUUUUCGGAUAUCCGCGUAUAUAGCACUAACAGUGCGCGCUCGACGCAAGGAGUAAAAUGAGGAGGAAGGAUGCUAUUUCUCCAGUUUAGUUUUUUCGGUAUUAAAUAUUUAGUUUGUAUGCAUUUUUUUCAUAUAAUAAAACGAUACUUUUGGCAACAUGC